UUUUGUCAAUUCAUUUCUUUUUUAAUGAAACACCUUAUAUAUGGAAACAAUAUAUUCGAUUCCAUGACAGUCCGAUAGAGUCCGAUAGAGUACGAAAACGAUCAACGAAGAAAGGAAGAAUUUCACUGAGGUAGCCCAUUGGGCUUUCUCGACCUAAAGUGCAAAGAGAUGUCGAUUCGGACGGUAGUCCAUCGUUUUAUACAAAAUGGUCGGGCUCUAUUGCAUUCCUUUAGAAAUACUGAGUGCUUCUACUCUAAUUACCAUCUACGGAACUAUCGCGACAAGAUACACGUUAUACAAGUAGGUAAGUCCCAGGGCUGUCUGCCCCCGGGUAAUAGCAAUGUAUCAAGUACAGGAAAACAUCUUGGAUAUUUGGGAGCCCAUGCUCGACGAAUCUUUGUAGAUAAUAUUUUAAAACGAGUAACUAAUAGUUUAGCUGCAGAUUUACGUAGACGAGCUGCUAGUAAAUUAGUCUUUGGUGGAGAUUCUGCUCCAUUUUUUGCUUUGGUUGGUAUAUCAUUGGCAUCUGGUACUGGUAUUUUAACAAAAGAUGAUGAAUUGGAAGGAGUAUGUUGGGAAAUACGGGAAGCUAUAUCAAAAUUGCAAUGGAAUGCACCACAAAAUGAUAAGAAUUAUGAAAUAAUUAAAAAUGAAGAAAAAAUUACUUUAAAGGAUUUCAUAAUUGGUCCAAUUAUUGCAAAAGGAUGUUCAGCAGUUGUUUAUUCAGCAAGAUUUAAUGAUAUUCCCAAUGGUGAAAAUCAAAAUCAAAUAAAAAUUGAUGACAAAACUGAAGAUUUAACUAUAUUUCCAUUAGCAUUAAAGAUGAUGUUCAACUAUGAUGCUGAAUCAAAUGCAUUAUCAAUUCUAAGAUCUAUGUAUCGGGAAACUGUUCCAGCAAGAAGACAUUUAAAUAACAAAGAAUUAUCUGAAUGGGAAAUAAAAAUGACUGAGAAGAAAAUUAAGCUUACACCACAUCCAAAUAUUGUAGCAAUGUAUUAUGUUUUUGCGGAUAAGGUACCAGUUUUACCGGAUUCAUGGAAAAUGUAUCCCGAUGCAUUACCUGCAUGCAUUAAUCCUCAUGGUUCAGGAAGAAACAUGAGUUUAUUUCUGCUAAUGAAAAGAUAUGAUAUUACAUUGAAACAAUACUUGAAUGAUCAUAGAUUGAGUACAAGAGAAUCGAUACUAUUAUUGGCUCAGUUAUUAGAGGGUGUGACUCAUUUGAAUACACAUGGCAUUGCACAUCGUGACCUCAAGAGUGAUAAUAUUCUGUUAGAUUUGUCAGAAGAAACAGACAACUGCCCAUCUUUGGUAAUCACAGAUUUUGGAUGUUGUUUAGCAGACAAACGUCAUGGCUUAUAUCUGCCUUACAAUACUCAUGAUAUUGAUAAAGGUGGUAAUGUAGCUUUAAUGGCGCCGGAAAUAAUUACAGCAGAACCUGGUCCAUUUACCAGUAUCAAUUACUCAAAAGCUGAUCUUUGGACAAUUGGAACUAUAGCAUAUGAAUUAUUUGGUAUGAAAAAUCCGUUCCAUAAUGACAAAGAAGGAACUUCUCUUAAAAAUUAUAAUUAUAAUGAGAAAGAUCUCCUACCUUUGCCUAAUCAUAUACCAACAAUUAUUUCUGCAUUGAUAAAAAAUUUAUUGUCGAGAAGCUUAUAUAAGAGACUUGAUACAGAAACCGCAGCAACUAUUGUACAAUUACACUUAUGGGCACCGAGCAUUUGGUUCAAAAGUGAAUGGAAAUUACCAUCAACUAAUGAAGUUAUGCAAUGGCUUCUAUGUUUAACUACAAAAGUACUUUGCGAAGGACGCAAUUCCACAAUACAACUAUCAGAAAUAGUGCAAGAUGAAAAUGUUCAAAAAAUUGAAAAAAAGAAAUCUUACAAUAGAUUACUUUCUACUAGAUAUUGUGGAAGACGUACUAUGCCAGAAUAUCAAUUAAUCGCUAGUUUCCUUGGUAGAGUUACGCUUAGUAACAUUAGAACUGCAUUAAAAUGGAUUCAACAGAACAUAUAAUAUAUUUUACAACAAACAAAAAAAAAAAUAAUAUAAAGAAAGUAUUUAUGUCUUGCAUAUCGAAAAAUAAAAUAUAUUCUAUUAUUUAUCAGCAUGAAAAAAAGAAGAUUAUUG